AUGGGACAAAAAUUAUCCUCCAACUUAAAAGCUUCGUCUGAUAUCAAACUACUUAUGUUUGGUAGUAAUACAAGUGGAAAGUUAUCUUUUAUUAAACAAACACAACUUAUAUAUCAAGGUGGUAGAUCUGGAGAUGAUGCACAGAAAAUCAAAACUAUGAUGAGAUUUUCGCUUUGUAUAGUAAUUAAGGAAAUCAUUAGAUUUAUUCAUUCCACCUCUCAAGAGUCUAUCAAAAAGUCAUGGUUAAAAUUCAAAAGAAUGGAUAUCGACUCUGAUAUAGAUAUUAAAUUGGCCAAAAGUUUAUUCAAGAAUCUAAUGGACUUGUGGAUUGAUACUGAUUUCCAAAACCAAUUCUUACCAAUUACAAAAUUUAAAAAAGAAGAUACUAUUUAUUUAAUUGAAAAUGCUAAACGAAUUAUAAGUGAAGACUUCAUUCCAAACGAAACCGAUAUUUCAAAGUUUAGAAUGAAAUGCACUGGAACAUCCGAUACUAGACUGGAGGUUGAAGAUUGUAGCUACACUUUUGUUGACGUUGGUGGUCAAAAAUGUGACAGAAAGAAAUGGAUCCAUCAUUUCGAAGAUGUUGGUGCCAUUUUAUUCUUUGUAUCCUUUGACGAAUACGAUCAACCAGCCGAAAAUCCUAAAUAUGAAAAUAGAAUGAAGGAAAGUUUAAGUUUAUUCGAAGAGAAUAUUGUAAAAUGUGUAAAAAGUAAUGAUUUUGAUCAAAGUAACUCUUAA